AUGGAAAAACAAUACCAAGAUGAAACCAACCUGCACGAUGACAAAGUCGAUGCAGCGACACAAUCUGCUGCCCGGGAUGUAGGGCUUGGACAGAUGCUCGAGGUGCAGGCAACGCCAGAGCAGGAGAGAAAGGUAUUAUGGAAGUUGGAUUUGAUAUUGAUUCCCUUGAUGGGCAUAUGUUAUAUGAUGCAGUACAUGGACAAGUUGGCAUUGAGUCAAGCGACGUUGUUCAAUUUACGAGAGGAUUUGAACCUCAAAGGCAGUGAUUAUACGUGGACAUCGGCAGUGUUUUAUUUUGGUUAUUUUGCCUGGAGCUGGCCCUCCAGUUAUUUGAUUGUUCGACUGCCUCUGGCCAAGUACUUGAGUGUUUCUGUACUCGUCUGGGGUGGUGUCCUUAUGUGCCAUGCUGGGGCGAAGAAUUUCGGUGGUUUGGUAGCAGCCAGAUUUUUCCUCGGAGUCGGCGAAGCAGCCAUCGCACCUGGAUUUUCGCUCAUCACGGGAAUGUUCUACAAACGUGAGGAACAGCCAGCUAGACAAGCAGCAUGGUUCCUAGGAAACUGCAUCGCCACCAUCAUCGGCGGUGUUGUCGCAUACGGCAUUGGCAGUAUCAAAUCGACCGCCGUGAAUAGCUGGCAACUGCUCUUCAUCGUCCUCGGUACCAUCACGGCCGGUAUUUCGUUGUUCCUCGUCGUUCUACUCCCUGAUACCCCCAAGGGUGCUAUCUUCCUCACCAAGACGGAACGGGCAAUUGCAGUGCAGCGAACGCUGAAGAAUAAAACCGGUGUGCUUGAUGCUGGGGCGUUUAAAUGGGAUCAAGCAUGGAAGGCUGUCAAGGAUCCGCAGACGUGGUUUUUGGUGUUGUACACCUUCUCUGUGAAUCUGUGCAAUGGUGGUAUUACCAGUUUCUCCUCCAUCAUCAUCAACGGCUUCGGCUUCUCCCAGAUUCGCUCCCUCCUCAUGCAAAUGCCCCUAGGAGGAGCUCAAGUCUUCUUCCUCAUCUUAUCCUCCGCCGUCGCAACCUACGUCCCUUCCACCCGAAUCAUCAUGAUGAUCUUCAACACCACCGCCUCAAUGGUGGGAAUGAUCCUCGUGAUGAAGCUCGCUGACGAUAACAUGGUUGGUCGACUGGUGGGAUUGUCGCUGGGUGCUGUCUUUGCCACCAACAUUCCUCUUUCGUUGAGUAUCAUCACCUCCAACGUGGCGGGAUUUACGAAGAAGAGUACUGUCAGCGCCUUGUUGUUCAUCGCGUAUUGUGUGGGCAAUAUUGUUGGGCCCCAGUUUUUUAUUGAUUCCGAGGAGCCUUCGUAUCCGACUGGAAUAACAGCCGCUAUGUCUGGCCUGGCAUUCGGCAUCUUCUUCCUCAUCUGCCUUCUGGUCUACUAUAUCUGGGAAAACCGUCGCCGAGACGCUCUCUACGGCUCUCCAUCUGAUCUCAACGAGAACGAGGAACUGGAACAGGAAUUGUCCAACAAGACGGAUCGGGAGAUUGAGAGUUUCAGAUAUGUAUUAUAG